AUGUCUACUAAGAAUCUGAUUUCACAACACAACCCAUCUCUUCAACCACCAUACCACUAUGCCUGUGUUGCUAACAAUGACAACCAAACCUUCAUCAUGGGAACAACAUUCUCUUAUCUGAUGAUAGUCUGGAUUGAUUACGAUGGUAUACACAAGCAGCUCAACGUCACAUUAGCUUCAUUCAAUGUUUCUAAACCAGCUCUUCCCCUCUUGUCUCUGUCUCGAGAUCUUUCUCCGAUCAUGAACGACCCCAUGUUCGUCGGUCUCUCAUCCUCUACUGGUCAAGUUUCCUCAUCCCACUAUGUGCUGGGAUGGAGCUUCAAGCUGAACGGGCAAGCAGAAGAACUCAAUCUCACCCAACUUCCCACGCUACCCCGACAAGGACCCUACCUACAGUUUGAACAGAAAACGGCUAUUCUGAUUAUCGGGCUUCGUGUAAUUGCUGCCGCUUUAGUGUUGGCGGCGAUCUUUGGAAUACUGAUUAUGGUGAAAAGAAAGACAAAAUUUGCACAAGUGCUAGAAGAAUGGGAACUCGAGUAUGGGCCGCAUAGGUUCAAGUAUAAAGAUCUCUACGUGGCCACUAAGGGGUUUAAGCACAAGGAGCUGCUAGGUAUUGGUGGCUUUGGUGGCUUUGGUAGGGUGUAUAGAGGUGUAUUACCCAACUCCAAAAUCGAAGUUGCAGUGAAAAAAAUCACCCAUGAGUCAAGACAAGUAAUGAGGGAAUUUGUUGCUGAAAUUGUUACCGCAGGUCGCCUACGGCAUCGGUACCUAGUAACUCUCUUGGGUUACUGCCGGCGUAAAGGAGAACUCCUUUUGGUAUAUGAUAGCAUGCCCAAUGGAAGUUUAGACAAGUUUUUCUUCGACCCAUCAAUGCCGAUGCUUAAUUGGACUCAGAGAUUUCAAAUUCUUAGAGGUGUAGCAUUUGCAUUGUUUUACCUACACAAAGAAUGGGAGCAGGUUGUGGUUCACAGAGAUGUGAAGUCCAAUAAUGUUCUAUUGGAUGUUGAAUUUAAUGCAAGAUUAGGGGAUUUUGGACUUGCGAGAUUGUAUGGCCAUGGAAGUGAACCUCAAACAACACAUGUGGCUGGGACGCUGGGUUAUCUUUCACCAGAACUUUCAAGAACUGGCAAAGUAAACACGAGCACAGAUGUGUUUGCAUUCGGGACUUUUAUGUUGGAAGUUGCUUGUGGGAGGAAGCCAAGAAAUCCAAGAGCAUCAAAAGAUGAGGAAAUAGUGUUGGUGGAUUGGAUGUUCUCUUACUGGAGCAAAGGGGCAAUUCUUGACACAGUGGAUCCAAAAUUGGGAAUGAAUUACGUAGAGAGGGAAAUGGAGUUGGUUUUGAAGCUUGGAUUGUUUUGCUCUAAUUGGGUUCCAACAGCAAGGCUAACAAUGAGACAAGUUGUGCAGUUUUUGGAGGGAGAACUUCCUCUACCAGAUCUGUCAUCUCUUAGAGUGAGUGGUAAUGGUGUACCGGGGCUUGUGGAUGGCAAAGGCUUAGGUGAUUUUGCCGUGCCUAUAUCACCGUCUGUUUCUGAUUGGAUACUAUCUGGAGGACGUUGA